AUGAAUUUUGAUCAACUUACAGAUGAACAAAAGCAACAGCUUUAUUAUCAACACUUGCAACAGCAGCAAAACCUACAACAACAACUACAACAACAACAGCAGCAAGAUCUACAGCAACAAGCCAUGUAUCAGCAACAACAACAACAAGUACAUUCACAACAACAAUAUGAUGAUAGUUAUAUGGAUGAAGAUACUACUCAGUUUGUUGAACAACCACCUAUCCAAUUAGAACUGAACUCACCUAUCAGACAACAACCACAGAUGACUUCAUUCAUGACAUCUAAUUUUCAAACAGCUGCAUCACCAAGAUUUGCUCAACUGGAUAAAUUUGGAGCCCAGGGCCAUAAUAAUGGAGGAGAUCAAUUUACAUCUAUAGAUUCCAUGAAUUUCCAACCUCCUAAUAACAAUUUCACUCAACUAGGAAAUGGAAGUAGCACUAAUUUAUCUGAAAUUAGCAGUAAUGGUCAAAAUUCUUUAUUAUCGAACCAUUCGGUGCAAAAUUUACCAGGUACUAUUGCCACUGAAAGUCAACCACCUCAAAUGCAACAGCAUCCACCUCCACAGCAACUACAACCACAACAAAUUCCAAAACCAAUUCAACCUCAAGCACAACGACAAGCUGGGGAUUCUACUAUAACUUCUACUGGUACUUCCAAGUAUGUCUAUUUUGCAAGAAAACCAGAUCUGUUAUCCAAAUCUUCCCAAGAUAAGGCAGCUUCGAUUAAAUUAACUUUGGAAAAUUAUUAUACCCUGUCAGUUAAUCAUGCAAUUGAAAGAAAUCAAAGAAGAUUAGAUUUAGAACACAAGAUCAUGACAGAAGAAGCUGGCUCGAGUGAAGAAAGAAAGAAUCGUCAAUUACAAAACUUGGGUAAGAAAGAAUCCCAGUUUUUAAGAUUGAAGAGAACCAAAUUGGUAUUGGAAGAUUUCAUUACCGUUAAGGUGAUUGGUAAAGGUGCCUUUGGUGAAGUUAGACUUGUGCAAAAGAAAGAUACAGGUAAGAUUUAUGCCAUGAAGACAUUGUUGAAGAGCGAGAUGUUUAACAAAGAUCAAUUAGCACAUGUUAAAGCGGAAAGAGAUGUUUUGGCAGGAAGUGAUUCACCAUGGGUUGUUGCUUUGUAUUAUUCUUUCCAAGAUUCUCAAUAUUUAUAUUUAAUUAUGGAGUUCUUACCAGGAGGUGAUUUGAUGACCAUGUUGAUCAGAUGGCAAGUUUUCACAGAAGAUAUAACUAGAUUUUAUAUGGCAGAAUGUGUUUUGGCAAUUGAAGCUAUUCAUAAAUUGGGAUUUAUUCAUAGAGAUAUUAAACCGGACAAUAUUUUGAUUGAUAGUAAAGGGCAUGUUAAAUUGAGUGAUUUUGGUUUAUCCACUGGGUUCCACAAGACUCAUGAUUCAAACUAUUAUAACAAGUUAUUGGAGAAGGAACCUGCUAGUAGUCAUUUACAACCUAAUCAAUUAACUAGUAAUAGAAACUCCAUGAUGGUUGAUGCUAUUCAUUUGACCAUGUCCAAUAGACAACAGAUGCAAACAUGGAGAAAGUCACGUAGAUUGAUGGCUUAUUCCACUGUCGGUACACCUGAUUAUAUUGCACCUGAAAUUUUCAUUCAUCAAGGGUAUGGACAAGAGUGUGAUUGGUGGUCUUUGGGUGCAAUUAUGUUUGAAUGUUUGAUUGGUUGGCCGCCAUUCUGUUCUGAAACCCCUCAUGAAACUUAUAGAAAGAUUUUGAACUGGCAAGAAACAUUGCAAAUUCCUGAUGAUAUCCAUUUAUCACCAGAAGCAGAAGAUUUAAUCAAGAGAUUAUUAACAUCUGCCGAACACAGAAUAGGUAGAUAUGGAGGCGCAGAAGAGAUCAAACAACAUCCAUUUUCAGAGGUGUUGAUUGGGAUAGUAUUAGAGGAGUUCAAGCACCAUUUGUUCCAAGAUUAA